AUGGCAUCUUCGUCUUCUUCUGCAACACCUAAAUUAAUCAUUCCUGAAGACAAAUCAACGAGUGAUACUCAAUCAUCGCCAACUACUUCAACACCUCCGAACGCUUCUAUUCCUCCGACAAAUCGUACUGCAACAAAAAAAUUAACCAAAAUCCUUUCACAACAAUCCAGUUUCGAUCGUCAUCAUCCUUCACAUCCAGUCGCUAAACGCUUCUCCAUCGAUGCCGAUCCGUCAUCAAUUAUCUUAAAUACACCUGUUACUGAUCUUUCCAAUGAUCCAUUACAACAACCGUCGACACCAGAUACUGAUGAAGCGUCGUCAAAUCAUGCUUUUGCGCCAACUGCUAUUGGAAAAGAAUCUUCGCCUGCUCGAUCGCCAUCGUUAAAACAGAGUGAUAGUUUCCUAGAAAUACCCUAUGAAAAAGCCGAAAUAGUCGAUUUAAUUAAACUAGCUGAUGAUCCAAAUGCAGCAGCACAUGUUACACACGAUGGACACGAAGUAUUACUCGAACAUGGAGCUGUUCCCCAGUGA